AGAGUUAUUCCUAGCGCGGGGCGCGGCGCGGGGAACGCACGCAGGCGAGCUCAGUGUGUCGGCGCGCGCCGCCGCCGCCAUGGGCAACCAACAUUCCGCCUCACACGCAACUCUCAAGCCCCGAAAAAACGUUCACUGGAAGUCUGCAGGACGCCCGGCGGUGCCAGGAAAACCGGACAUAAUCCCAAUCCUGUCGGAUGAUGAGCCGAACUCAAUCACGCUGCGAUGGGCGGCGGCAGCGCACGACGGCGGCGCGCCGCUGCAGGGCUACCAAGUGGAGUGCAACCGACUCGGGUCAGCCGAGUGGAUCCGAACCUCACCGCCACUCGUAUUGCGCCCCGAGUUAGUACUGACCGGUCUAGAGCCACCGCAUCGUUAUCAAUUCCGAGUUGCUGCUAUCAAUGCGGUCGGCCGUUCCGACUACAGCGAACUCAGCGACGUCCUCAAUGUCAGCUCCGACCGCGGCCUUCACGAACCACCAGUCUUCCUCCAGCAUCUCGAAGAUGUCACUGCUCUCGAGAACGAUAAGACUGAGUUCCGAGUAACCUUCACUGGUGCUCCGGCUCCUACUAUUGCUUGGUUUAAGGAUGAUUAUGAAAUCUUUAGUAGCCGACGGACGGCUAUAACCACUACAGAAUCAUCUAGUGUGCUGCUCUUCCACCAAACUCUUGCCAGCGACGAGGGCGAAAUAAAGUGCACAGCUACAAAUCGUGCUGGACACGCAGUCACUAAGGCACACCUUGCGCUCGAGGCCGCGCCGAAGUUGCGCUAUCCGCGCCAGUAUGAGGAUGGGUUACUUUACGAAAUAAACGAAACUGUAUUCUUGAAAACCACAAUUGUGGGGAAACCGACGCCGACCGUGGAAUGGCGGCACGAUGGACAACCGAUAAUUCCCACCGAGAGAGUGGAAAUCACCAAUACGGCCAAAUUUUCCAUACUAAAGAUCCACUCGGCGCGGAGAAGCGACCGUGGGGAGUAUCAAAUCCAUGCGAGAAACAUGAUUGGAGAAGAUACGGCCGCGUUUCUCGUCACGAUAACCGCGCCACCAGACCCGCCGCGCCGCGUGUCAGUCGCGCGACAAGUCGACAAGUCUGUCACGCUGGACUGGGAGCCACCCGAAGAUGACGGAGGCUGUCGAGUGGGCAAUUAUAUAGUGGAAUACUACCGCACUGGCUGGAACGUAUGGCUGAAAGCUACUACGAGUCGAAAGACGAGUGUUACUCUUUUUGAUCUUAUUGAGGGUAGCGAAUACCGAUUUCGCGUCAAAGCUGAGAGUCCGUACGGAAUGAGUGCGCCAUCUGUAGAGUCGGCUCCAGUGCGCAUUCCAGGCCGCGCGGUGGACAUGGAGUUCUUAGCGGUCGAAUCACGGAUCAUCAACGAAGAGCUGACGCGGGUGGAGGGCGAGGAGCCGAGGGUGUCUCCCGCGCCACGCCGCAAGCGUGCGCCCUCGCAGCAAGGCGCGGCGGCGACACUCGCGCCGCCCUCUGCGCCGCGCCGCCGCCGCAGCUUGUCUCCCGAACGGGACCGCGGGGGAAGCAACGAGUUCAUGCUCGUACUCUACCCUGACCACAAGAAAGAAUCCGCAGACAAAGCUGAGAAAAGGAAAUCAUUUCAACUAGACCUAGAAGAAGCGCUGUCACCACCCCCGCUGUCGUUCUCUGCGCCCGAGCUCAGCGCGCGCUGCGCAGUCCCAUUCAAAGCCUUGCGCUAUGCCGUCAGCUCUACAGAACUGUUACAUGAACGCGCCAUGGCUCGAUUCUACAAAGCUGUAGCACUAGAAGAAGAACACGCCAAACUCAAAGAAGCCAACAAAAAAGAAAACAACAUUCCGUAUAAUACUAGACACGACCGCAACAACGAACAAAUAAAAUUAACACCUGAACCGGUCAAAGCACCAGAAAUCUUCAUCAAAUCCGAUUCCGUUGAGGAUAAACAAUAUAAGUACAAUUCUAGACAAGCCUCUCACGAUUCUGAAGCCUCUGACAAUAAAUGGCAAAUGUCAUUCGAUGAGGAUUAUACUGCUAGCACCGUAUCUACGGAUGGCGAAUACUCGGAGGAAGAAGAGGAAGGUAGUCUAAAUGGUGAUUUGGACAGACGCGACUAUAGCAACGAUGAAGACACGUAUCAUCCUCGCGACAAACUCCCCUGGCCCUCUGUAAAAGAAGAUGUCGAAGAGGAAGAAGAAGAGUCCGAAAGGGAACCUCUUAAACCUCUGCCAUUACCAGAUCCUAACUUUAUUCCGAAACCCAUACUUAAGCGCAGAGAAGCAGACAUUCAAGAACCGAAAAUAAAACAAGACAAUGGAACGACAAACCCGACAGAGAAACAAAAAAUCGAAGAAAAACCGAAGAAGGAUGAGAAAAUGGGUUUGUUUAAAAAAUUCACGAAAAUGCCUGUUCAAAAACCAUUUCCAUUCCCGAAAAUAUUGAAAAAGGUUGAACCUGAUAAAUCAGAGGCAGAACAUACAGAAAAUGAAAUCCCCAAAGUAACAAAGAAAGAGGAAAAAAUUGAAACGGAAGAUAAAAUUUGCGACGAGGGCCGAACUGUUAUCGAUUAUUAUGGUAGUAUAGUAAAAGAAUACGGUAGUCAAAAGAAGCCGGCAACUCAACUUUACCUUAAUACUGAACAAUUAAAAACUGUAGCAGAAAAACAACAACAGGAAAAGAAAGAAAAAGUAGGAGAGAAAAAAGUAACUAAACAAAAGAAAACUGUCAAGAAGAAAGCUACUCCCGAUAUAGCAACGCCUACAAAAACAAAAACUGCCAAUUCAAUAGAAAAACAUGUCAAGACAAAACAACCUGUCAAAGUGAAUAAAAAUAAAUUAGAAAAAAGUGAUACUGAGAACACACCUAAUGCACACGACAAAUCGAAUAAAGAACCGCUAAAGAAAUAUACACAGAAAGUACUUUUAAAGACGACAGAGCGAGCCACUAUUGUUAUUCCUAUUGACUAUAAAGAACUGGAAGAGAAAGCUAAAGAAAAUGUAAGGUCGGCUAUAGAUUACGCAGUAGACGUGUGCCUGUUACUGCUUGCUUUUUGGGUAUAUUUCUUCAAAGAUGAGAGGCUCGCGAUUCCUUUCCUGACACUCAUUAUUUAUCGUCAACUACAAGAGACUCUGCUAGACAUCCCUCAGUGGAUCCGGAGCCACACUCCAAGCUGGCUCAAGAAGAAAACUUCUUGACUAUUUCCAAAAGACAAACUGUGUGAUUUUUGAUUGUGAACAUUGUACGUUGUGUGAUAUUGUGAUUACUUAUUGUAAUAUUAUAUACUUACGCAUACUUAUAAUUAAUAAUA